AUGCAAAUUAUGUAUGAAAUGGCUCUGAAAAAUGGUUCUUUGGUAACUGAAUUCAUUCUAUUGGGGUUAACAGACCAGCCUGCCCUACAAAUACCCCUGUUCUUGCUCUUCCUAGUGAUGUAUAUAAUAACUGCAUCAGGAAAUUUGAUUUUGAUAAUUCUGAUUGUGCUGAAUUCUCAUCUUCACACCCCUAUGUACUUUUUCCUCUUUAAUUUAUCUUGUAUAGACCUCUGUUACUCUUCUGUGGUUGUGCCCAAAAUGUUAAUGAACUUCAUCCUAGAAAAAAAUAUUAUCUCUUAUGAUGGAUGUAUGACCCAGCUCUAUUUCUUUUGUUUUUGUGUUAUUUCUGAAUGGUAUGUGCUGACAUCAAUGGCCUAUGAUCGCUAUGUGGCUAUCUGCAAUCCACUCUUGUAUAACACUGCCAUGUCCCCCAAGGUAUGCUCCUGUCUCAUGCUUGGUUCAUACUUGACAGGGAUUUUUGAUGCCAUUAUACACACUGGAUGCAUCCUUAGACUGACUUUCUGUGAUGCAAACACCAUCAACCACUAUUUCUGUGAUCUUCUCCCUUUGAUGAAGCUUUCCUGCACCAACACCUAUGUCAAUGAGACAGAGAUUUUCGUUGUAGGGGGCAAAGACAUCAUUGUUCCUACUGUCAUUAUCUUCACCUCUUAUGGUUUCAUCCUCUCCAGCAUCCUCCAAAUAAGGUCCACCAAGGGCAGGUCCAAAACCUUCAACACCUGCAGCUCCCACAUCAUUGCAGUUUCUCUAUUCUGUGGGUCAUGUGCCUUUAUGUAUCUUAAACCUUCUUCUGUUGGGUCUUUAGAUGAGGGGAAAAUAUCUUCUAUCUUUUAUACCAUUGUGGUUCCCAUGUUGAACCCUUUAAUCUAUAGCUUAAGGAACAAAGAUGUUAAAGUUGCCCUGAGACAAACCCUGAGCAGGUGGAAGUUUUGA